AUGACUCAAAUUAAAGCGAUUGAGAAAACAAAAUCCGAACUAUCUAGUCAGCUUUCUGAAUUGCAGAAAACUGAUGAAAAUUUACCUGACUCUUGUCCCAAUGGCAGUCCCAAUGGGAUUUACCAAAUAAAGCUUCGGGGUCUGGAACCCUUUGCAGCGCCAUGUGCGUCCUCUCCACCUGGUUAUACUGUAAUUCAGAGACGCAUUGACGGAUCCGAGAACUUCAAUAGAACCUGGAAUGACUAUAAAUCUGGAUUUGGGAAUGUCAGUGGAGAAUUCUUCAUCGGGCUGGAAAAAUUGCAUCGGAUGACUGAGGCACGACCCCACGAACUCUACAUUAAACUUGGGAGUGUUAAUGGAUCCACCAGCUACGCUCAAUACGAUGACUUUAUGAUUGGGAGUGAGGAGGAAGGCUACGAGUUGAAGAAUCUAGGGAAAUAUUCUGGUGAAGCCGGAGACUCCCUUACAUACAGUAAGAACCAAAUGUUCUCCACAUUUGAUCGGGAUAAUGACAAUCAUAGUACAGUAAAUUGUGCCGAUGAUGAUGGUCCAUGGUGGCACAAGCUCUGUUCAUACAGUGCGCUCAAUGGAAAAUACUUCAAAUAUGGCCAAGGUUAUGGAGGAAUUAAUUGGUACUCAUGGCAUGAAGAUUGGUCUGAAUCACUUACCUUUGUCGAAAUGAUGAUAAGGCCCAAGUCCUUCUAA